AUGACAACGCCAACCUCCAGCCUGGACCGCCAACUCCGCCAGGCUCUCUGCGAUCACCCGCGGCUGCAUGACUAUCGCUACGAUGCCAGUGCAAAAAACAGUCUCCUAGAGAUCCUCUUUCGGUCUCUGACCAAUGAUCGAGCAGAUUACUUGGGCGAUCUCUUCCCCCAGGGCUUCCCUCCCUCAUUCAAGCUGCAAGACGCGCAGGGAGUACAAGAGAAUGCUGAAUACAGUGCUGCUGCUAGAGGUCAUCCAUGCGGACACAUUUUCAAGCCGGGAGAGGCCAGCUAUCAUUGCAGCACCUGCACCGACGACACAACAGCCGUCCUUUGCUCGCGCUGUUUCAUUGCUAGCGAUCAUGAAGGACAUCAGUAUAGCGUAAAUGUCAGUGCGGGAAAUAGCGGAUGUUGCGACUGCGGUGACGACGAAGCAUGGAAGAGAUCUGUAAAAUGCGCCAUUCAUACAGCCAGUGACGACUGGACAACAACCGACGAGCAUGUUUCUCCCUUGCCGGCAGAUUUGCAAGAGUCUAUUCGUAUCACAGUCAGCAGAGUGUUGGAUUACUUCUGUGAUAUCAUAUCAUGUUCUCCGGAGAACCUGCGCUUGCCCAAGACGGUGGAGUCGGUGACCCAAGAUGAAGUCAGAAGUAGGCUCUCUGCAGAGCACUACGUUUCAGGGGACGAGAUCGAAACCAAUCCUGAUUACUGCUUGAUCAUCUGGAAUGACGAGAAGCAUACAGUUCGUGAGGUCCAGUCGCAAGUGGCGCGAGCAUGCCAUCAGCGUGAGGCGUUUGGUUUGGCCAAAGCCGAAGAAGCUAAUGACAUCGGCAGGAGUGUGAUCAGGCACUCUCGCGACCUCAAAGAGCUGACGAGAAUGGCGAAGAUUAUUGAAGAAAUCAAAGUAACAGUCACGAUCAGGUCGUCUAGGGAUACUUUUCGAGAACAAAUGUGUGGCACAAUCAUUGAAUGGCUUGCUGAUAUUGCUGGUGCUAGCAUUGCAGGAGAUAGCCAUAUCCUGCGGCGCGUUAUAUGCGAAGAAAUGCUCCAGAUCUGGCGGAUCGGUAGUCAGGCUUGGAAUGCUAAGGUGGGGAGAGAAGAUCUAGAUGAUCAUGGCGACGAGGACGAUCGCGAUUACAGAAGGAGGUCAAGGCGUCGCUAUUUCCACCCCAUUCAAUUUGCAAUGCAAAGGGCAAUCGUGAGAGAAAUCCUGGUUGACAAUGAAGUCAGUGACGGUAAUGAGACUGGGGAGGUUGAUGAUGACGAAGAGGACGAAGAUGAGGACGACAAUGAACUAGUCGACAUGGAUGAUCGAGAAAUGAGUGAUCUCAUCCUCACAGCGGCGGGUUUCGAUGCGCCACAUCCUCUGAAUCUCUUCGAACAGCAAGCAGCCGAUGCGGAUGUUACAGAUGAUGCUGAGGAAAUGGACACCGACGGCGACGGGGAGUUCUUGGAUAUUGCCGAACGAAUGGAUAUGGACGGACCGUCGCCUCCACCGCCAGCUCUUCCUACUCAGGAUGUCGGAGACCCUGGAAACAAUGUGACAAUGGGAGGGGAUGCAUCUCCCACGGACCCAGACAGCAAUGCCAAUUAUCUCAACAUACCUAGGACGCCUGCGGUCUCUGUCCGGACUACACACCAUCGAUCUACGCCGCCAAACCACUGGAAAUUGCCUCCAUCGAGUCAACCUCCGCAGAAUACAACUCUCCCCGUCUAUGAAGAUCUCACGAAGAAUAUCCGGGUGGAUUCCAUGAUCCUCUUCGAUUUGCGCUUGUGGAAACUUGCAAGGACGAAUAUCCGAGAUCUUUUCAUCAGCACACUUGUCAACAUUCCUCAAUUCAAGCGUAUUCUUGGACUUAGAUUCUCCGGCCUGUACACAACCCUCGCCCAGCUCUACCUGGUGGCAGACCGCGAACCAGACCAUUCCAUCAUAAACCUGUCAUUGCAGUUGUUGACCACGCCCUCUAUCACGGAAGAGGUGAUUGAGCGGGGGAAUUUCCUCACAAACUUGAUGGCCAUUCUUUAUACCUUCCUGACUACCAGGCAAGUGGGAUUUCCGAAGGACCUCGACCCAGGGGCCACCCUAGGCUUCGAUGCUGGGUCCGUCGCCAACCGUCGACUUUACCAUUUCUUCUCUGAUUUGAGAUAUUUUCUUGCCUCGCCAUUUGUACAGGCCAAGGCCCGGAGCGAGCCACAGUAUUUGUUCCAGUUUCUCGACCUUGCCAAACUGUCCCAGGGCAUCUGUCCUAACGUGCGAGCUGUGGGGGAGCAUGUUGAAUAUGAAACAGAUGCCUGGAUCAGUGCCUCUUUAUUGACCCGCGACAUCAACAAACUAUGUCGACAGUUCGCAGAAGCAUAUUAUGUGUCAAGGGACAGCAGCCCUUCGGCUCUUCGCGCAACUUGGGAUGCAAUCUCGCAUGCUGCAGGUAUCGCAAUCAUAAAUUCUGUCGGCCUCGAGCGACGGCGGUUUGAGCAGGCGGAGAUCAAGGAGCCUGUCCGAUUUCAUACUGUAGCUCCUUAUGGCUACAAAGUUGUCGACUUCAUAGUUGAGAAAGGCGCCUUGAGUUUCCACCACCCGUUGCACUACACGCUCUCCUGGUUGUUGGAAUGCGGCAAGGAUUUCAAACAGUCCAUAACCACCCUCCGAGACACCGCGCAGACAUUCUUGUCACACCUGCAUGAUACCCCGCUGGGUCCCCGGGAUAGCACAAUUAAAAAUGCCCUCAAUUCAGUCGACGAUGCACUUCUUGCAAUGUUCGACUUCCCACUUCGUGUUUGUGCCUGGUUGGCGCAGAUGAAGGCUAAUCUUUGGGUCCGAAAUGGAAUGAGUUUGCGCCAUCAGAUGGUACAGUACAAAAGCGUCGCACACCGCGACGUUGGACACCACCGAGAUCUGUUCCUUUUGCAAACUGCACUUGUGGCCUGUGAUCCCAGUCGAGUACUUGCGUCGAUGAUCGAUCGUUUCGGCCUUUCUGCUUGGAUGCGAAGUGGCUUCGACUCCCUCGAGAUCUGCGACGACAAUCAGAUGCUGGACCUUGCAGAGGAUUUUGUAUAUCUUUUGAUCAAUCUACUGUCCGACCGAGACGCUCUCAUUUCCGGCCGAGACAACCCCGAGUCUCAACUUCUUACGCUUCGAAAAGACAUUGCUCAUACACUCUGUUUUAAACCGUUGUCAUACUCUGACCUGUAUUCUCGCCUGACGGAAAGAGCACAGGACCACGAACAAUUACAGGAAGUUCUCGAGCAAAUGACCAAAUAUCGGCCACCAGAGGGCCUACACGACUCUGGCUUAUUUGAGCUGAAAGAAGAAUAUCUGCAAGAGCUGGAUCCAUACAACUCCCACUUCACAAAAAACCAGAGAGAUGAGGCAGAGAACAUUUACAAGAAGUGGAUGGGCAAAAAGUUGCACAAACCACCGGAAGACAUCGUCUUGGAGCCCAAGCUGCACCAUAUCCCGUGUGAGGCAUACACCAGUCUCUGUGCUGUUGUCAACACCACCCUUUUCGCAGAUGUUAUUCACAAGGCUCUGAUCUACGUCGCCCAAGGCCACAAGUCCAAAGCCGGAGUUUCGGGAACACGCGUCGAGGCAUUUCUUCAGAUUGUUCUCCAACUUGCGCUUAUUGCUACUUUAGAAGACAAUUCCACGGACGACGCACCCGACGGUGCCUCCUUCGUUCGACAUGCCAUGAAACUAGAACUAGAAUCCCACAAUAGCCUACCAUCCACCAUAGUUGCGGUGCUGUCCAAGAUAUGGCUCAUGGAAGAAUUUAGCUCUUGUCGAAGCAAAAUCAGGCAUAUGCUACGACUUUUCCAUCAAAAGCUGCCUCAUCAGUUCACUACCGCAACUCGGAACUUGGAUUUCCCUUCAGGUAGAUUCGACACAGCAUCUCCCGCUAACGUUGAAAGCGAGAUCGAGGCCAAGAAGAAACAAGCAAUGGAACGAAAAGCAAGAGUCAUGGCUCAGUUCCAACAGCAGCAACAGAGUUUCAUGGACAAGCAAGGCAUGACCGACUGGGGUGACGAAGACCUGGAGUCUCCUGAUGAAGAAUUACCAAAAUCGACGGAGACUCGCCAUUGGAAAUAUCCUGCUGGAUUAUGUAUCCAGUGUCGUGAAGAUACGUCCGAUGCAAGAUUUUACGGCACGUUUGCUAUGGUCACCGACGCUCACAUCUUACGGCAAACGUCUACGCAUGACGUGGACUUUGUUGGUGAGCUCUUUGCGAUCCCCGAGAAUCUAGACCGCUCUAUCGAGAGUAUCCGGCCAUUUGGGGUUUCUGGCUCCAAUCAUGAACAGGUGAAGCGUCUGACAGCCAUGGGCCAGGAGAUCACGGUUGAUUUUCAAGGUUUGGGUGGAGGUUGGCCAAAAGGCUACACUAUGAAGGGUCCGGUCUCUACCAGCUGUGGCCACAUCAUGCAUUUCACGUGUUUCGAGAACUAUUAUCAGUCGAUUACACGGAGACACUCACAACAGGUUGCCAGGAACCACCCCGAAAGGAUAUCGUUGAAGGAGUUCGUGUGUCCCCUUUGCAAGGCGCUUGCAAACUCAUUCCUGCCGAUCAUAUGGAAACACUCACAACAAUCUUAUCCCGGAGCCCUUGCUGUUUCGCAAGAUUUUGACUCCUUCUUGUACAAUAUCCUACCGUCAGUUGACGCGCCGACCGCGGAUCUGGACCCCUCAUUUGAUGCCCAUGCUUCACAGAACUACUUACAGACUCUGGCAACAUUCUCCAACAGCUCCUUGGCCCCAGCCGUAGCUCGCUGGCAAUCAGGUGAUCUCACCAUAAGCCCGACGAGCCAAGCAUGGGCCGAGCGACCAGAGCUGACAGCUUUUGCAGAGCUCGCCAGCAUCUAUGGUCGGCUUCGAGAAACUCUCGCCAUAGUUGCAGCGACGAGCCAAAUUGCGGCUCCGAGGGAGGACUCGAAUCUGAACCACUUUCAGCUCCUGGUCAAUACCUUGGCAAAUACGAUAGCCUCAGUCGAGAUUGGCCACAGAGGCCGCGAGGCUGAAUUCGGCACUUCGUUGUUGACAAGCAUACCACAGCAGACGCUCAGCCACUUACAAACGGUGUCAUCCACGUUGAGCGCCUAUGCGGCUACUGGCGCCUUGACUGUCCGUGGUUCGGUCGAGGCUCAAUACAGAGAACUUUGCGGACAGCUUGAGCGUCAGUUGGCUGGGACGACGGGAAUUAUGACUCCAUCAACCGAGUCUGAGAGGGUUUUGCCUCUCCUUUGCAUGGAUCCUUUCCAGUUUCUCGUCCAGACAACGAUGGUGCUUAGCCCUAUUCGACAUUUGGAACUCCGCCACGUUUUGCAAAUGGCUCUGACCGUCGAGCUCCUCCGUGUGGUUUUGGCGUUUCUUUACAAUCCCACAGCUCUUCUGAAGGUGGGUGAGAAGCUCACUCAAAACCAGAUUCGGCAUGCUAGCCUUCCAACCACGGAAACGGAGCAGCUGCGCAGUGUGGAAAACAUUGCUUUAUGGGUGGGUAAGCAGAUCCAGCAAAUCGACGAAGGUCACCGCGUCGAGAGUGCACUGCAACACAUGUCACCAAGCAUGGCUGGGAUGCUGUUCAAGCUAUGCAAGGUGUAUGGCCUGGCUUUCCUCCGGAAAUCUGCCAUCUUCUUUCACGUCGCGCAUGGUGUCGACUUCCCAACCACAGCAGGCUCAGAAGCGGGGUUGUCGGAGCUCGAGCGUCUAUGCCAUCUCUUACAUUUGCCAAAUGUUGGUGACAUUCUCACAUCAUUUAGCGAGUAUUCAGCUUGCGCCGCUCUGAAAAAUCGGGCAGCCAUUUGGCUAUUAGAUUGCAUACGCUUCGAACUGAACACCAAGGCGAUGCCUCAGCUCGUUGGGCACCCACUGGGUAUCCAACUGCUGCACCCGGCGCCGUUUGAAUUGAUCGGGCUUCCGAAGUAUUUUGAUGUGCUGAUGGAAGAAGCGCACAAACGAAAAUGUCCUACCACGGGUAAAGAGGUGUCGGAUCCUGCUCUCUGCCUCUUUUGCGGGGAGAUAUUCUGUUCCCAGACUGUCUGCUGCCAGACAAAUGACAAGCGCGGCGGCUGUAAUGCUCAUGUGGAAAAAUGUUCGAGCCCGAUCGGUAUGUUCCUCUUUAUACGGAAAUGUCACGUAGCACUACUGCAUGUUACAAAAGAUUCCAAGGCUACUAUUGCCGAUGCUAUCCGGCGAGGUCAUGGGUUGUCACCAAGUUCUACUAUGAGCCACGGAUCCUUUUUCCCAGCACCAUACUUGACUAAACAUGGGGAGACGGAUUCGGGGCUGAGGUCGAAACACCAGUUGAUUCUGAACCAGAAGCGAUAUGACAAGCUGCUAAGAGAUACGUGGUUGAUGAUCAAUGGCAGCGUCUGGAGCACAAUUGCUCGGAAACUGGAGAGCGAGGUCAAUGCUGGCGGAUGGGAAACGCUGUGA